GAAAAAUCUUCAUCACGAGACUACGCUACACUGGAAGUUCAUUGCUCUGAGACACACUUGGAAUUAUGGCGGAGAAGAUGUACUACUGGGGAGAGGAGAAGGACCAGGUCGAUCCGGACCAGGCCUUCAUAGAGUUCAAGGCCAAGUCCCAAGGUCCUGAGAAGGGAAGAGAGUCCUCUUGUGCGGCGCCGAAGAUGACCGUUUCCUCGCCGCAGGGCAGAGUGACGGAAGUUGGGAACAGAGAGGAGGACGCGGAACGCGGAGGAUGGGACAACAAGCUGGACUUCUUGUUCUCCUGUAUCAGCGUCUCCGUGGGACUUGGAAACGUCUGGAGGUUUCCGUAUUUGUGCUACAAGAACGGCGGAGGCGCGUUUCUGAUUACUUAUGGAAUCGCCAUGCUGUUCUGCGGAAUUCCUAUAUUCUUUCAAGAAGUGGCAAUUGGACAGUACCUUGGAGCUGGAGGAAUGACGCUAGUGGGACAAUUGUGUCCCCUUUUGCAAGGAGUUGGAUACGCUACUAUGACGAUCGUAUUCUUCCUAGACGUGUACUAUUGCAUAAUAAUUGCUUGGACACUAUUCUACCUUGUAAGCACAUUGACCAACAUACCAGAGGUACCUUGGAACGGCUGUGACAACUGGUGGAACACUGAAAAUUGCUACAGUAGAUACAACGAACCCGAGCAGUCGAUCAUGGCUAGUUCAAAUUCGACUACGAAUUCGACCACGAAUUCAACUAGCGAUUUAACGAUUAACGUUACCCUCCAACAUACCACACCAGUCGAGGAAUACUGGGAACGAAGAGUUCUUGGGAUCUCCUCCGGUAUCGAGAGCAUCGGCGGCGUGCAAAUGGAGCUGUUGGGUUGUCUGAUCGUCGGCUGGCUGAUCGUUCACCGUAUCAUCCGGCGUGGUCUCCAUCAGAGCGGUAAGAUCAUCUGGUUUUCAGCCUUGUUCCCGUACGUGACGUUGGACGGCGCCAACGAGGGUUUGCUCUACUACGUAACGCCAAGAUGGAACGAGCUGUUGUCGCCAGGGCCGUGGAUCGACGGUGCCACGCAAAUUUUCUUCGCCUACAGCAUUGGCACUGGGGCCCUGCCUGCUCUUGGAUCGUACAACAAGUUCCAUCACAAUUGUUACAAAGACGCACUGAUCACUUGCAUAGUGAACACGUUAACCUGCCUACUGGCCGGUUGCGUGACUUUCUCCAUUUUGGGUCACAUAGCCAUGGAGCAAGGUACAGAGGUAUCAGAGGUGGUGAAGAGUGGGCCGGGACUGGUGUUCCUCACCUAUCCAGAAGUGGUCCUGAAGCUCCCACGUGCCCCCAUGUGGGCGAUUAUCUUCUUCGUCAUGUUGCUCAUACUUGGAAUCGACAGUGAAGUCUGUAUCGUGGAAUCUUUUAUCACUGGUGUCGUUGAUAACUGGCCUGAUCAACUUCGUCCGCACAGACAUAAGUUCACCACUGCAAUUUGCAUUCUUAUGUUCGCUCUGGGUAUUCCCAUGGUGACCAACGGAGGAGUUUAUAUAUUCCAGUUGAUGGAUUUCUACUCAGCAAGUGGUAUGUCGAUCUUGUGGGUUUGUUUCUUCCAAACGAUAGCAAUAUCGUGGAUCUUUGGAGCGAACAAAUUCUGCGACUGUAUUCACCAGAUGAUGGGAAUACGAUUGAACAAAUUCUGGUACAUUUGCUGGGUGGUGUUUGCACCGGUGAUCAUGGCUUCCAUCUUCGUGUUCCAAUGCGUCCAGUACAAACCACUGAAAUACGGAAGCGAUUACGAGUAUCCAACAUGGGCGGAGGUAGUGGGUGUUUGUCUAAGUGUGUCAUCGAUGAUCUGGAUACCAGCUUAUGCUCUCUACUAUGUCACCGUCAAUCCAGGAUCCAUUAAAGAGAACUUCUUGAAAGGUCUAAAACCGAACAUGAAGUCGCAUCCCAAGUUACCAAAAGGCGAGAAAUCAGCAGUGAUACCGAUGUCUGAGAGUAGUGCCGGCUUGAUCACCAAGAAUAACAGCUUCCUGAGUCAAACAUGA